CAAAAACAAAAUGUAUCGAUAAGGGUCAGUAGCACUUCAAAACAAUUGAAAAAGUGCUUGAUAAUCUCUGGAGAUCACAUGGUUUUAUUGCAUCACAAUGCAUAUCCAGCCAUUCACUAUUAUUACUGAAUGAAAACGAGUUUCCCUUGUAAAAACCUCAAAUUCCAAUAAUUUUUGGAGAACUGCAAGUUAAGGUGAAGUUUAUUGGUCUUGAUUCCAUAAGAACCGAUGACCACAUUGUAUCCCAGUAACAACAUGCGAUCGAACUUUAUYGUAUCUCCGUUACACGUAAAUGACUUACUAGGAGGUCUUACAAUAGCUUAAAUUCAAACACUAGACCAUGGGCACACAAGUAAAGGUCUUGAUAUUUUCWGUUUCUCUUGUCGCAUUUGGUUUAGUCGCAGUAAUACUGGGAGUCUUCAAAAUACAUGAUUCGUCGAUUGUUUUAAGCCUCUCGGGAAGAGAUGAGACRAAACCACGAAAACUSCACUUCCCUGACGAUUAUCACGCAACAGGGAGACUGUUGCURCCUCACAGUAAAAUCGAGGAGCCGUUUGAAUCAUGGUUCACAAGGAAGUACAAUCGCAGCAGGAUUGACUACUAUUAUGGAACGGACAAGACAUAUCAGCUUGCAGACAUCGGACAUUAUGGUGGAGCAUUCAAAGUGGUUCCCAUGUUUGAUGAYAGGAAAGGUCAUUAUUUUGGCUGUUGGCAUUUAUCAGGUAUACCAAGAGCUCCAAUAGUUGUACARCCCAUAGUACCAAACACAACCACUUUUACAUUCGCCAAAAAUGAAGUAUAUCGAGGGACUGCAACAGAGAGAUGGGAAUACCGGUACUUAUCUUUCGGUCUGCUCAACACCCACACGCUUUGGGUGACURCGACGGACCCUCCACGUCCCAUUCGUUACGAGAUGAAAGGCUACGAUAGUCUACUGGCUUCUUAUUACGACAAAUAUAUACUCGAAUACAUCACUUUUGAAAAAUGGGAGCCUGAUUUGAAGACUUUUGAGCUACCAAAAGGAUCAUUUUGUAGUAAGCUUGCUCACUCACUCGAUUCACAUUUUGUUGGGAAUCCCAUGCAAGAGUUUAUGGGCGAUGGCGGAAUCUCCGAGAAUUCAAUAGAAUCAAUGUACGAUCAAUACAAGACAAUCCAUAACAAGAACUACGACUCUGAACACGAACAUGCUUCAAGAAAGCACCUAUUCAGACAUAACAUGAGGUACAUACGAUCGAUAAAYAGAAAGAAUUUGAGUUACAAAUUAGCGUCAAAUCAUUUGGUGGACUUGAGAGAYGAUGAGUACGAUCGUCAUGAAGUUCCAGAAGAUACUAGUACCGAUCACAAGGGAGGAGUACCUCUUCAGCCCCAUCACCAUCAACAAUACAGUGAGAUGCAUAAAGUACUCAAGAGAAUAGACGUUCCUGAUGAACUCGACUGGAGAGACUAUGGUGCCGUUACGAAAGUGCAUGGACAAGGUAUUUGUGGAUCGUGUUACGCAUUUGCCGCCACUGGUGCCGUCGAGGGGGCUUAUUUUAUGAAGACCGGUAAGCUUGUUGAAUUAUCAGCUCAGCAGAUUGUUGAUUGUUCGUGGGGGUCUGGUAAUCAUGGUUGUAGAGGAGGCUAUUACAACAAGGCUCUUAGUUGGAUUUAUCUUCAUAAUAUAUCAACGGCAGAGAGUUAUGGUCCUUACUUGGCCCAGGAAGGCACUUGUCACUUCAAAGACACAUGGCUCGGAGCAACCCUUGAUGCGUUUGCAUUUGUCCCUAAACGUAACCACACGGCACUAAAAAUUUCUGUUGCUAAGUUUGGUCCCGCUGCCAUAGUGAUGAACGAAAGUCCACUUUCUCUUAAAUUUUACAGCAUGGGUAUCUAUGACGACCAGGAAUGUGAUAACCAUACAUCCCAGCACUCAGCCCUUGUUAUUGGCUACGGACAGGAGAAUGGCCGUCYCUAUUGGCUGGUUAAGAAUUCUUGGUCUGAAUCAUGGGGUAUGGAUGGAUACAUCAAGAUAGCGUGGAAAGGAGACACGUGUGGUAUAACAAGACGUCCUGUCGUCGCUCUCAUGAGACAAACCACUUUUCAUUUUCCUAUCAAAGAGAAAAUAAACCCGAUWUCAGUUAAUUCUGCAGCCUUGAUGAGAGGGAAAAUGCAAGAUUUGAGACAAGGUUUGCAGCCUCAAUACCAGCCCUGACGGCUGAUAGUCACUCUUCUCAUAGUCCGAAAACCACUGGAAAUGAGAGCGCAGAAGUCACCUUAAAACUUCAGGAACUUUCAUAUUAAGUGAACAAACUUGUCCCUAUAUAAGUUUGAGGAUGAACUUGCGGUGAUUGGGAACAGGCUAAGGGACUGGCCAAGAUAUCGAGAUAGGGGACUGACCAAGACAAAACUUACAGCCUGACUAGACCCUUGGUCAAAUUGACAAUCAUAAUCAAAACCGAAAGAAAUGCAACAUAUUUGUAAAAUAUUAUUUUUGUAGAAAAAAUAAAGAUAUUGUGCAUA